AUGACUUCGUAUUUUAAAAAAUAUGUCACUGCACUUGCAUCAGCAAAAGAUUACGUUGCUCAAUGGUCAUCGGAUCAUGUCUAUGCUGAUGAAGCACUGAUUGUUCCAUUUCCAACGUUAGCAAUAUUCGAUCCAACGAAACAUGUUUGGUCAGUGAAUAUUAAAGCUUGGUUAUAUCUUCCGUUCGAAGGUAAAAAACUGAAAAGUUAUCUUCCAUCACUGCCGAGUUUUAUAACGAGAAAACCAAAUGAAACAACCAAUGAAGAUACAACUAAGAUCGAUGCAGAUGAUAAACUAUGUGCUUCUGUUCCUACUGAAGAAAACAACAAGAUCGACGAACAAAACGGAGAGACGUCUGAUGAUGAUGAUAUGUAUGAAGAUGCAUUAGAGGAUGCACUAAAUGAACAAACGGAAAAUCCCGGUCGCUUGGGUUUAUUCUUUGUCGGUAACUCGGUGAAGAUUGUGACGAAAUCUAUUAUCAAUGGUGUUGAGCAUUUAUUGCAACCCUCGGAUGAAAGUGGUUUUAUCGAACAGCAACUUGAUCUCCCUGAUAAAGAAAUCAGUUCAUUGUGUACACAAAUUCAACCCGGUUGUGAUGAUAAGAAGUUCGAGUAUGAAAUUCAAGUAAACGACUCGAAAAUUGAAAAUCAAUCUAAACCAUUCAAGUGCAUCAUUUACGUUUUGGCACCGCACGGUGUCAGUGUCAUCUCAGAUAUUGACGAUACGAUCAAAAUCACCAAGGUGCUCAGCAAACGAUCGCUAUUAAAACAUACAUUUUACAGUUAUUUUAAACCGGUGGAUGGAAUGAGUGAGCUCUACCGGAAAUGGAGUGAACAAAAAUGUCAAUUUCAUUAUGUUAGCGCAAGCCCGUGGCAAUUAUAUCCAGCACUUCGUUGUUUUUUGGAGAAAUACAAAUACCCAAUGGGUACAAUGAAUCUACGGAAGUUUACAUGGAGUCUGAAAUUUCUCAAGCCACCCGAUACAUAUAAAAAUGAAAUCAUUACACAGAUCAUUAACGCGUAUCCGUUACGAAAAUACAUUUGUGUUGGCGAUUCAGGUGAACUUGAUCCAGAGAUAUAUUCGAAGCUAUACGAAACAUUUCCCGAUAAUAUUGCCCAUAUCUUCAUUCGAGACAUCUGUUCUGACCCUGAAUGUCUCCCGGCAUGUCAUGAACGAUACGUUAAAGUAUUUGAGAAUGUUCCGAAAGAGCGAUGGACGGUUUUCAAAGAUCCGAGUCAAGCAGAAACGAAUAUUAACAAACUGAUUGUUUAG